CGCACAAACGGCAGCACGCGCGUCCCGGGCGUUAUCGUCAUCGUUGGCCAAGGUUGGAGUGAUGUUGAGCGCCGAAAUCGGUGAACGGCUGUGCGAGGCCGUGCGAGGGCCCGACGUCGGUUUGGUCGUGUCCUUGCUGGAGCGGUGCGAGGCCGGGGUCAAGUUCACGUAUGGGGGCAAGAGCUUGCUGUACUUGGCCACGGAGAGCGAGCAGCCCAAUCGGCACGGGAUGGUCAAGGCGCUGCUGGAUGCUGGGGCCAAUGUGGACUAUCAGGACGACUGGGCUGGGUGGACUUGUCUCAUGGUCGCCAUCAAAAACCACCAGCAGGAGGUCAUCGACCUACUCCUGGACCACGGAGCCGAUCCCAAUAUCAAGGACAAAUUCGGCUCCAACGCCAUUGUCCGAGUGAUGGAUCUGUGUCCCCACGACACCAGGCUACCUCUGCUACGACUACUCCUGUCCCGUGGCGCCCGACCCGACCUAACCUACCAUCCCGAAGUCAACCGGUUGAACCGCUCGCACGCGAUGAAAAUCUGCAACGAGCAGGAGAUACGGCUGUUCUUCGAGCACGGCCUGAUAGUCGAGCACGGGUACAACACGUUCCCCGCCAUCUACAACAAGGACGCGGGGGUGCUGAGGUUCCUCGUUGAACAUAACCUCUUCGACGUGUACCAAAGACUACCGAACGGCAACACGACCCUGUGCGAGGCGAUAAGCUACAACAACGAGGAGCACGCCGAGUACCUGAUCAACUUUGACUUUGACGUGAACGAGCGGGCGAGCGACGGAGAGAGCCUACUGUUCAAGGCGGUGACCCGGCGCCUAGUCGGCACGGUUCGGCUGUUGCUCCUGCACGGGGCGGAUCUCGAGCUCGAGCUCGUGGUCGAGUUCAAGCGCCAAUGGGCCGAGUACUCCUCCGACUGGGCCAACCGUCAGAAGCGGAUAUUCAAGCACUACUACAACACCUUUUACGAGCUGAUGAGGCACCUGGCGAUGCGCGUCGCCCUCUACCCCUCGAUAUAUUACCCGGAAAGUGUCGACAAGGUGUACAAGUGCGAGGCGAAGGUCUUCCAGGUGUUCAAGGUUGAAUUCGAGAGGCUGAGGUGUCACUAUGUCACCGAGAACGUCACCUUCUACGACAUACUCACCAAGAAGAGCAUCGCCAGGUACGCGAGGAACCGGAACGUGGUCGAGGGGCUCAAGAGGAGGUACGUUAGGAGUCACUUUCCCAAUUACGGGAACAUGACGGCCGAGAGAUUGAUGCGGGAGGUGAAGAGGCAGGAGUUUUUAGGCAAGGCCAGGCGGGCUCUGGCCCGACUCUUGAGGUGGGACGUCGACAGCAUGUACGUCAUUCUGGACAACAUUAUGAACCACCUGACCAAAAAGGAUCUGCUCGCUGUUACGAAUGUGUGACAAAGACACGUAGUUUUUGCAAUGUGGUUUGUACGUACACGUUGUCACGGAAAAAUGACAAAUUGUUGUUUCUAUAUUGAUAAGUGAUGAUUGGACAUCGUAUGCAAAAUACGAUUUACGAUGUGUUCAUUGUUGUAUUAUUUGACACGUAAUUACUCGUUGACUCUCAGUUUUAAUUGAUGUUAAUAAAUGUAUAGUGUAGCCAGUCACCUAAAUCCUGUAACAUAUAUAUUAUGCGAAUAAAUAUUUCAUAUUUUACGA